GCUCUCUGUGCAGAUUGGCUACUUACUUUAUCAGAUACAGUGCGUAUACCACUAUUAACACAUCAGGAAGUCAUAAAGUGUAUUAGUCUACAUUUAGUUAAACAGAAGGUAUGGCUACCGAAUGUUGUUUCAAUUUAGCAGAAAAAGCAUUCAGUGAAAAACAGUUCGAAGAAUCGGCAACAAAAUUUUCACUGAUUAUAGAUAAUCAAAAUGGCCACAGAGAACCAAAUACAGACGCAUACAUUAGACGGUGUCAGUGUUAUUAUAACUUAAAACAAUACGAGAAGGCUUUAAAAGAUGCUAAAUAUUUUUCGGAUACAAAUGUUGAUUCGUUAAUAGGGCACUUGUGGAAAGGAAGAUGUUACAGUAAGCUUACUCAAUUUAAUGAAGCUUAUACAUCAUUGAGAAAAGGUCUUGAAUUGGAACCUACUAAUGCCGAAGUAGCAGACGAAUUGCGCUCACUGCAAGACUCCAUUAUGGCCAUGUACGAAGCAGACGAAAGAAAAUCAGAAAACACCUACAAUGCUGUAGAUUUGUGUACCCAGGAACCAUAUCCCGGAGAUGAGGAAUUGGAAGAAUUAGAAAGAGAAAUAAUGAUUAAAUGGAAGUUGGAUCAACACCCAAAUGUAAAAGCAGGUGAUUGUGACCUGGACAAAGCAGCGGAUGAACUGACUUCUGCUAUUGAAGCUAAAGAACUCGGCCAAUUAUCGUCAGCUUUAAAUCAUGUAAAUAUGUCAGCGAGCUGUAGCCCUGGAAACAUGUUUAUUAUGGAAGAACGAGCAGACAUACUGUUUCUUUUGGGUGAAUUUAAAGAAGGUUUCAGAAGCUGCAACAUUAUUCCUUUUGAACACAGAUCUGUAUCAUUAUGGACAACAGGAGGUAAAAUUCUAGAUGCCCUUGAAUUACCAGUUAUAGCGGAAACGUGGUUAAGGAUGGCCACACAGCUAGCAAAGGAUACGAAGUCUGAGGCUCCUUUAAUUUUUCAACAAGUCAGAGUCAAGCGUCUAUAUGCACCCCUUGCGGACAAAACAAACGCUACCGUAACUUUUACUCGGUAUGGACGAGCAGUUAUGUCCAAAGAAUCCAUCACUAAAGGCGACGUCAUUAUGGUUGACAAACCGGUGGUUUGUGCUCAGACCUUGGACAGCCAAAAUAUACCUGCGUGUGGCCAUUGUGCCUCCUCCUUAGUAAGACCAGGAGAUAUUAUGGGAAUGGCCUAUCAAUCUAACAACCAAUUAAAGAAGAUGGUUCAGAAAUAUUGGCCCAAAAUGACGAUUGUACCAUGUAGACAUUGCAAAAAGGAAAUCUAUUGUAGCGUCACCUGCCAAGAAGAAGCAUGGGAACGUUAUCAUUGCCUUAUCUGUCCAGAAAUCAACCACUCUGUAAAGAAACUCUACAAAGUCUGCGACGAAUUCGAGAAUCUAAGAGCCGGCGACUCCAGGGUAUGGAAAGGCUGGUGGAAUGCGGCAUUCAGUCCCUUUAUGCUUGCCAGGAUUUGGGCUUCUAUAGCUUGCAAUGCGCGAAAGCUUGGCGAGGAAAGUGGAAGAAUUAACCCCUCAUUAGCAGAUUGGACCAAGGCUAAAGCUCCAUUUAGACGGUUUAUUGCGUAUGGGGCACAAAGCAAUGCAGAAGCUGUGCCAAAGAUGUUUGAUUUAAUGGUUGAAAUUUUCAAAGAUUUGGGUGAUGGACUCAGUUACAAUAUUACCAAGCGUGAAUUUGAUGGUCGGUAUUACCAGGCCACAUGCAAUGUUCAGGCGUUUUCAGAUCUCAGAAAUCCCCUAAAGCGGUUUCUCGAAAAUAUCAAAGAUAAGCCUAACACACGUGGAAUAAUGCAGCUACUUCCGCACAACCCACCCGAGGCCGAAUUUGCAGGAUUGUUUGCUCUUCACGCUUGCCUCAAUCAUUCAUGUGCCAACAACGCCGAAGUCUUUGAUGGUAUCGUAGAUAACAAACCUGGGGUUGCUGUUCGAGCUAAACGAGAUGUUCAAGAGGGCGAGGAAGUAUUCAUUACUUAUAUUAAUACUAAUAUGCCAAGAUCUAAACGAAGAGCGUGGCUAUACAGGGCUUAUAAUUUCUGGUGUUACUGUGAUCGCUGUAAUUUUGAAGGGGAGGGAUCGCAUGAGUGCACCCAGUGCAAGAAAACAGCAGAAAGUCAGAAGCCAUUCCCUACGUGUAGUAAAUGCAAAAAGGCGUGGUACUGUUCAUCAAAAUGUCAAAAAGUGGCAUGGAAAAAAGGACAUAAGAAAAUCUGCAGUUUGUCCCAUUCUCAAACAGAAUCGUCCUCUGAUUUAACUGUUAUAUCUGGAAAAUAACAUAAACCAAGGGUUUCAAGAUAAUGACCAAUUUUAUCUCUAAUGUGACUGUAUUCUGUGAACUUUAUGUUAUUUAUUGCGUUUGAUCGUAGUGAGAUAAAAUCUUUUUAAAGCUC